AGACCAUCACGUCAGAGACUAUCAUAUCAACAAACCAUUAAUAAUUCUUCUAGUGUUAACAAUAACUUGCAAAAUAGAAAUCUUGUUCGUGUUCCUUUGUCCAACCCUGCCUCUCCAAACGCUUCCGCACUCUCGUGGUCAUUCACGUCGAAAACCACUAAUGAUACGGCCUCAGCCCAUUUAACAAAAAAGUCAGAUAACAGCCUCAGUACCCUUCCAGGUCUCAAACUGGUCCACCUAAACAUCCGCUCUCUGAAAAAUAACGCCCAUUUUUUAGAAUUACGUAAGUUUACCAAAUUUAACAAAAUUGACGUCCUUACAGUAUCAGAGACAUGGUUAAAUACCUCCGUCACAAACAAGGAAAUAGAAAUCGAAGGUUAUAAGCUACAUCGUUUAGACCGACUGCACAAGAAAGGGGGCGGGGUAUGUGCUUACAUACGAAAAGAUAUUAAAUCUCUUGUACUUAAAGACCUCAGUUAUAUCUCCGAGACGAAUUUCCAUCAAUUAUGGAUCAAAUUACAGCACAAAAAAUCUAAAUCACUGUUGGUCUGUGUCUCUUAUCGACCCCCAGACAGCCCGCUUGACUGCUUCGAAAAAUAUUUUAAACCUAAUUAUGUUCAUGCUCUGACGAUGGGAAAAUUGAUCAUUCUUCUUGGAGACCUAAACUGCGAUAUGUUUAAGCCCACACCUGGAUCAGCGUCUUUGAUCAAGACGACAAAAGAACUCAACCUUAACCAGUUAAUAAAAUCACCAACAAGAAUUACUGAAUCCAGUCAGACCCUCGUCGACGUUAUUUUCGUAUCCUCGCCAAGACUAGUAGUCAACAGCGGCGUCAUAGAAACCUGUAUCAGCGAUCAUUUCCCUGUGUAUGUAUCACUAAAACUUAAAACCGACAAAUCUCCACCAAACUAUAUCACUACCCGCAGCUACAAUAAAUACGACCCUGAUUUGUUCGCGAUCGAUCUGGCAUCCAACCGUGAUCGUCUUGUUUCCAUUUUCAGAAUGGACAAUGUUGAUGAAAAACUAACCAUUUUUAAUGAAAUAUUUUUAAAUACAUUGGAUAAACACGCCCCAGUAAAGACCAUAAAAGUACGCGGAAAAUCUUGCCCAUUUAUCACCCCGGAAAUAAAAGCAUCCAUGAUCAAAAGAGACCAGCUCCACAGUCUUUUCAGGAAAACACGUGAUCAUUAUGAUUGGCUUAAUUUCAGAGAGGCCCGCAAUUUUACAAAAACCGCACUUGUUAAUGCACAGAAAGAAUAUGUACUGAAGGAAGUUCAGCAACACAGAAACAAUACUGGGUCACUUUGGAAGGUAAUUAAAGAAAAUAUAGCGUAUAGGGAAAGAGAGUCGGUGGUCUACAGUAAGGAACCGAAAUUAGUGGCCGAAGAGUUUAAUCAUUUCUUUUCCACCAUUGGUGUGAAUGCAGCAAAGAAAGCCUCAACACUAAUACAAGAUCCUAGUGUUUAUCCAGCUCGGAAUCUUUCUGACGUAAAUCGCACAGAUAACAGCUACCCUGAAGAAAAUGAUAGAUUUAGUUUCACCCCAGUCUCUUGUUCAGAAAUAAGGAACAUCAUAUUAGCUAUGCCGUCAAACAAAUCACCCGGCAAAGACAAAGUGAGUAUGCGUGUCAUCAAACACAGCCUACCGGUAAUUCUUGGGCCCCUCACCGAUAUCAUUAACUGUUCACUGUCGUCAUCUUCGUUCCCUAUAGCAUGGAAAGAGGCAGAAGUUAUCCCUUUGUUAAAGGAUGGAAACCACGAGGAAGCAUCAAAUAACCGCCCACUUUCUCUCCUUACCUUUCUUUCGAAAAUUUGUGAAAAAGUCGCCUUGAAUCAAUUUGGUUCGUAUCUAAUGAAGAACAAAAAAUUGUCAACCCACCAGAGCGGGAACAAGAAACAUCACUCAUGCGAAACAUUGAAUCUUUUGACCGGAGAUACUAUCCUAAAGGCCAUGGAUGGGAAAUUGGUUACUGCACUGAUUCUAAUAGAUCUAUCUAAAGCUUUCGACAGUGUAAAUCAUACUUUUCUCCUUACAAAACUUAGCAACGUCGGGGCUUCUCCAAGCGUUGUAAAAUGGUUUGAGAGUUACUUGACCGGAAGAACUCAAUCAGUCAGAAUUGGAUCAACUGUGUCUACUCCUCUCCCUGUUUCUUAUGGUGUACCACAGGGUGCAAUUUUAUCACCUUUACUUUUUAGUAUUUAUACUAACGAUUUGCCCUCAUCAGUCCACCAUAGUAAACUUGAAUCGUACGUGGACGACUCCAAGAUAUUACUAUCUUUCACUGUGGCUAACGUGGACUGUUUAAAGCAACAACUUGAGGAAGACUUGUAUUUGAUUGCAAACAGUUGUUCCGAAAAUGAAUUGCUUAUUAACCCGGGAAAGACCAAAUACAUGCUGAUUGGCACACGGCAAAACCUACAACAACUUCCCGUAGAUAUGACCAUAAACUUCCUCAACGAGACUAUUACCCCCGUCUCCUUUGCCAAAGAUCUAGGAAUGACAAUCGACUCUUAUUUGACAUAUGACCAGCACAUCACCAACCUGGUUUCCUCAUGUAUGAAUUCCCUGUGCCAAAUAAACCGAGUCAAAAAAUGUUUCGAUAAAGAAGCUUUAACUCUCAUCGUCUCGGCACUUGUAAUGAACAUUUUGUUCUAUUGUUCAACGGUUUGGUCAAACACUUCGUCUACCAACAUUAAGAAACUACAGUUGGUACAAAAUUUUGCAUGCAGGAUAAUAACAAAUAUUGGAAAGUUCGACCAUAUUUCGCCGGGCUUACGCGAACUUAACUGGCUCCCAGUAAAGGAACAAUUACUACUGAGAGAGGCUAUUAUGAUGUACAAAUGUGUCAAUGAACUUGCUCCACAUUAUUUGAGCGAUUUAUUCACAAAACGUUCUGACAUUCAUCAACGAGAUACACGUAGCCAUGACUCACUGCAAAUACCAUUGUACAAAACUUCUGCAGGUCAAAGGUCUUUUCAUUAUAGAGGCGUUACACUCUGGAAUGAUUUGGACAUAAAGUACAAAAAGUUAGACUCCCUAAAAACUUUCAAAAACGAACUGAAGCGAAGCAUGCUAGAACAAAUAUAUAAGUAG